UUAGUCCGAGUCAGCUGACAGCUGUGUGCAGCCAGCAGCGGGUGUACCAUCUGACACACAGCGCUGGAAUAAUCUUCAAACAAAUCACUCCGUCCGGGCCUGACCACAAAGAUAGAGAUUGUCAUAUCGAAAAAUCCCUUUUGGUUCCUCUUCGCUCGCACAAUGAGUGCUGGCACUCCUAAAUCACUGGCGUCGUCAGGGCAGCUACCCAUCCAGGAGGUUUGCCACCCUCUCUCCGCGGAAGACUCCGCUCUCACACCCAGUCCAGAUGUAGCAAACACCGCCAGCGCUGGGGACAAGGAACUAAGCUUACCCAAUGGCACGCCGGUCGAGACCUCCAGCCCCGCCUCAUCAUCCUCUCUCCUGAACCGCCUGCAGCUGGAUGAUGACCCUGACGGAGAGACUCGUGACCUGUUCGUUACCGUGGACGACCCCAAGAAGCACGUGUCCACCAUGGAGACGUACAUCACUUACCGAGUCUCGACCAAGACGACGCGGGUGGAAUUCAACCUCCCAGAAUACUCUGUCAGGCGACGCUAUCAAGACUUUGAUUGGCUGAGAAACAAGCUGGAGGAAACUCAGUCCACACACCUGAUUCCUCCUCUUCCAGAGAAGUUUGUGGUGAAAGGCGUGGUUGACCGUUUCUCUGAGGAGUUUGUGGAGACGAGAAGGAAGGCGCUCGACAAAUUCCUGAAGCGUGUGGCUGACCAUCCUGUCCUGUCCUUCAACCAGCACCUAAAUGCCUUCCUCUCCUCCAAGGACCUGAACAAGAGACAGGGCCUGGCCUUACUGACAAAGAUGGGGGAGUCUGUCAAAUACGUGACGGGGGGGUACAAGCUGCGGGCGCGGCCGCCCGAGUUCAUCUCCAUGGGAGACUACCUGGACAUGUUCACCCAAAAACUGGGAACCAUCGACAGGAUCGCUCAGAGGAUCAUCAAAGAACAGUCAGAGUACCUGGUGGAGCUGAGGGAGUAUGGGCCCAUCUAUUCCAGCUGGGCGGGGUCGGAGGUCGAGCUGCAGGAGCCUCUGGAGGGGGUGGCGGGCUCCGUGGCCACCAGCGGCAGCGCGCUGGAGGAACUGACGCUGGACAUGAGCGAGGAUUUCCUGCCCGUGCUCCGAGAGUACGUCCUCUACAUCGACUCCAUGAAGAAUGUUCUGAAGAAGAGGGACCAGGUGCAGGCAGAGUACGAGGCCAGGUUGGAGGCUGCAGCCCUGCGGAGGGACGAGGGACUGCCGGUUCCCGUCGAGGUGGAGAAAUGCCAGGACCGCCUGGAGUGUUUCAACGCUGACCUGAAGGCAGACUGGGAACGCUGGCAGAGCAACAAGAGACAGGACUUCAGACAGCUGCUCACGGGGAUGGCCGAUAAAAACAUCCAGUUCUACCAGAAGUGCCAGGCGUCAUGGGAGUCCAUCAUUCCACUACUACAUAACAAGAAGGAGGGCGAAGAGGAAGAGGAAGAGGAGGAAGAGGAGGAGGAAGAGGACGAGGAGGAGAAGAAAACAGAAAUCAACUGAAUGUGAGACCUCCUGCCCCCGAACACCUCCUCUUCACUCUCAACUUCCUGCACAGAGGAGGAGCAGGACUUCCUGUCUCUCAGAUACUCUCGAUGAAGGAGGUUCUGCCUCCAGCUCCCAGUGUCUCCACCUGCUGGACAGGAGCGUGUCUACGACACAGACGUGAGGUGCCCUCAGACUCAGCUCUCUCAUCUGACUGGUUCUACUGGGAGCCAAUGCCCGCCCCUUCCUCUCUUGGACUGUCUGUCUGACAGCCAAUCAACCAAUAAUGCUCAAGGAGCAGAUAACACAGGCCAAAGGAACAGGAAGUGUAAGAAGGAAAAAGUGAAAGAUAGAGGUGGGCGGGGGAGAGAGAGACGGGCAUCUAAUAUGUAUAGGUUUUCAGUUACAUGUUUUUGUUGUUUUUCUCCUGAGUUAACUUUUGCCAAUGACCCUGAAGUCAGUGAAGAUGAAGUACAUCUUUUGCCAAAGAUGGAAAACACUUCUCAUAGUUUUCCUUUUCUCAAACCUGUACAGAAAACUGGUCUGCACGAUGGAGGAAGAUGCUCGCAGAUAAUAGUCUUAAUUUGAACAAACACACAAGUCCCCGUGCAAAAUGCUCCUGUAGACUGAUGCCUGCUAUUUCAGCGCGGUAUACAGUCAAAAGAGUCUCUCAAGGGAUUGGUAUGACAGUUGACAACUCUUUGUCUGUGUUGCUAGCCAGCAGCUAGCUCUAGCUUAGCAUUGCAGGCUGUCAGCUUGUUGGCCCACUGUCUGUAGCUAGCAUCUAGCAGUCCCUGUGCUGAGCUGACACCAGUUGCUCUGCUCUGGCUGUUUCAUAUUUAGAUUGUCUUUAAUUAUCACUGCAUUCCUCUGUAAUUGGAACUACAGCUCCCAGCCCAGCCAAGCCCCAAGGUACUGCCUACAUUGUGGAGCGAGAGCAGGCUAUUCUGGUUCUGGGUAAAUUUAGGAUUUGCGUUCUACAACAGAAGCUUGAGUUAUGCAAUUGGGGAACCAUUGUUUUUGAGUUCUAACUGUUGAAUCACUGUUACAAUGUUACUCAGAGAGACCCCUCUGUCAAGGUGACGAGCACAUUACAUUUUUCAUGGGACAUGUGGGAGUGUCUGCCUCCUGGUGUCUAAAAUGUAGAACUGCAGACUGGACGUGUUAAGUACAGCAAUCUGCUGGCCACAGGUUAAGUGUGUGCUGUGCCUGCUAACAUUUAUAUAUGCUCCUCUUUGUAGUUUGGGAGAUGAGAUGGACCAAAUGUGAAACACGCAUGUCUUGGUCAAAUACUUAGAGAUCAAAACUCCAGUAUAGUACGAAAAAUAUAAGGUGUUGGAACUUGGUUUGCACCUGAGUUGUACUUGACCAAUGUGUGUGUGUGUGUGUGUGUGUGUGCGAGUGUAUCUAUUCCUCCUGCUACUUUCUCCUCACCCUCUAUCAGCUACACCUGUGUUGAGUGUCCAGGCAGCUACAGAUGUGUCAUUAAGUUGUCAGUGGUGAAUAUGAAGUUAACAAUUAAUAAACUCUCACACAGACCGCAUGAAGGAGGGGGACAUAACAUCCAAAGUUCAAAUCCUGCUCAAAUGGCAAUAUGUAGCUCCCUAUUUUUCUAUUCACCUGCGAUUCGGUGUGGUUGUGAAGACCGGGGGUUUUCUGACAGGGGUAUGUGUGUGUAUAUAUGUGUGGGCACUGUUUAUAAUACUAAAGCAAGGGCAACUGUGCUGUGUGCUGGCUAUAUAGGUCUGUAUACAUGCUGUGUGUACGUUUGUGUGUUUCUGUUUUUUCUACUCUUUCACCUUGAGGUUUUCUUUGCCAAGCGCAGCCCGUUUAACCUUUCCCUCCUUCCCAGCCCCCACGUGUGCAUUGUUUACUGUUGCAUUCCUAAUCAUGUACAUUUUGAUGUUGAAAUAACAACAUAUUUGAAUAAUAACCUCUACAUCUGUU